GACGGGAGAUCCACCAUGGAGACCAAACCGGUCAUCACCUGCCUUAAAACCCUGCUCAUCGUCUACUCAUUCGUCUUCUGGAUAACAGGAGCCAUCCUGCUGGCGGUGGGAGUAUGGGGGAAGUUGAUGCUGGGCCCGUACAUCUCUCUGAUAGCCGACAACUCCACCAACGCCCCGUACGUCCUCAUCGGCACCGGGACCGUCAUCAUUGUUUUCGGCCUGUUCGGAUGCUUCGCCACCUGCAGAGGAAGCCCAUGGAUGCUGAAGCUGUAUGCCAUGUUCCUGUCGCUCGUCUUCCUCGCUGAGUUAGUGGCGGGGAUUUCCGGAUUUGUGUUUCGCCAUGAGAUAAAGGGAACCUUUCGCAGAACGUACACUGACGCGGUCCUGAACUACAACGCCGAGGAUGAGGCGAGCCGUGCUGUCGACAACUUGCAGCACAAGCUGCGUUGCUGCGGAGUUUAUAACUACACCAGUUGGUUUGCCAGUGUGUAUUACCCCUCCAAUGGCAUUCCUGCCAGCUGCUGCUUUAACUCCUCCGACUGCAACCCAGAAGACCUCCGCAAUGCAACUCUAGCCCCGAGCAAGGUCUUCCACCAGGGCUGCUUUGAGCUGGUCACUUCAUUCAUGGAAACCAACAUGGCCAUCAUCGCGGGAGUGACGUUUGGGAUCGCCUUUUCACAGCUGAUUGGCAUGUUGCUGGCCUGCUGUCUGUCCAGGAUCAUCACAGCCAAUCAGUAUGAGAUGGUCUAGCUGAUGUGACGUGGCAGGGAGAUGAAGAGAAGAAAAAGAUGAAGAGUCUUGACACAUGACCAGAGUAAAUUCCCACUAUCACACACCUGAAUUGGAAUUUACCUCCCUCCUU